AUGGCCCAAGGACAACCUGGUCUCCGAACCCUUGAGAAGUUGGGUCUCGUCUUGCAUGUGCUCUGGGCUUCCCCUACCUUCUUCUCAAUCGUAGCUCUCGGGCUACCGCGCGCCAUCCACCGAGGCAUCCCGCUGAGAUUCUGGCUCCUGGCCGCAACUUACCGCAUCGUUCUGGGCUGCUUCGAGCCGCGCGAGAUCCAAUUCCUCGCCACUCCCACCCUCGAGGUCUACUCGACCUGGGUCGCAAAGCAAAAGGCCAAAGAGUCCAAGAACGGUAACGUAACCGCCCUCAGCCGUCUGCACCAAGACAUCGAACCCCUCGGCACCGAGGCCGGUAACAACAAUGUCGCACUCCACGGCGGCAGCGGGAGCAUCAUGUGGCUAGGCAAUCGCAAAAAGGCCUCCAAGUUCGUCCUCUUCUUCCACGGCGGCGGGUACGUCGCCCCGCUGGCUUCGGGCCACCUCACCUGGUGCUGGGAGAGCUACGUUAAUGGUGGCCCCGGCGGUGCCGAUGGAGUGGAGGUCGCCGUUGCAGUCCUGCAGUAUACUCUCUGCCCGGGCGCCACAUACCCGACGCAGCUGCAGCAGGCCGCAGCGGCCCUCAACCACCUCCUACGGUCCGGCGUCGCGGCAGAGAGCCUCAUCAUCGGCGGCGACUCGGCCGGCGGAAACCUCACAGCUCAGGUCCUCUGCCAUCUCCUCCGUCCCCACCCUGAAGUCGAGCCCGUUCGGUUGACUAGCACCCUUGCCGGCACGUUCUUGGUCUCCCCUUUCCUCUCCCUUCGCACCGAUGCCGUGACCUUCCGGGAUAAUCACCGCGUCGAUAUGCUCUCGGCGGCCAUCGUCGCUAAAGGUGGCGAUUAUCUCUUUGCCGACGACCACGCGCAGAAGCAAGCCACGAAUCCGCACGAGCCGCUGGCGCUGGAUGGCGAUAUGGAGUGGCUCGGGGAGAUCCACACAAUUGCGAAGUCGGUCUACGUGACCGCUGGUGCGCAGGAGGUGUUUUGCAACGAUUCCCGGGUUUUUGCGGAGGCGGUCAGGAGACGGAAUCCCGGGUUGGACGUCCAGCUUGAGGUGGCGGCGACCGAGGUCCACGAUGGGAUUCUGAUCGAGUCCGAGUUCGAGAUGAUCGGAGAUGCGUCUCAGAGGAUGAGAAGUUGGGCAUCGAAGUGUCUUUGUUGA